AGUACACGCCGUCCAGUCGAUGGAGCGGCGGGAGUCGGUCUCGCGCGUCUUUUGUUUAUACCGCUCUUAUUAUACGUCUAUCUGUACUCGAUUGUUUUUCACCCGCCUACGAUCUACCACCACCACUUUAUCGAAAAAUUAAGAUAAAAAAUGUAUAACUAAAAAUUUAUCGCGAAUUCUCUCGUUCCUCGUCUGGCGGUCGUUGUCGAUGACGUCAGUAUGGAAACAGUCGAAAAUCGGGUCGAAGUGAGGACUAACUAAAAAAAAAUUGUUUUGCGUCUUUUUUUUCUUGAGGAUGAAAGGGAAAACUAGAUGGAUGCAAUAGAGGAACUGGAAGGGAUAAAAGGCAAAGGGAAUUUUCGUGUAAUUUUGGAAAGAAAUUAUAUUACUAUAACAAUGGAAAGUAUUAUAACAAUAAAAAAACAAGCAAACAAUAAGAUAAAAUCAACACUCACUUAAAAGCGCAACAAAUAAAAUGAACAAACAAAUAAACAAAAAAAGAAACAGACCCACGAGAACUAUGGAAACCGCAUCGAGGAUACAAACUAACACGACUCACCACUGCAUUACGAACAGAAGCUGUAAAAACAAGCAGAUCCGUAAUCAACGAAAUAACAACUUCAAAUUCAAAAAAUCAUCCACGUCCACGAAAAACAACAAUACAUCUUUUAGUAGAACUAUACUCGAUCAUAAACGACAUCACCAUCAUCACAAGAAUCAGCAUCAUCACAAGCUUAAAGAAUCGAAAGGGUCAAGUUUUGAUGGCAAUUUAUUCGAUAAAUUGCACGAUAGUAACGAAUGUGUAGUUAAAGUUAACGGUAGUAUAGGUGACAAUGAUGAUUUGAGGGAUAGUAGUGAUGUGAAAGGUAAAGGGAAAAGAAAAAAUGAAGAUGCAACUGUGAUAACUGAAAAAUGCGAAGGUAAAUGUGCUGGAGUUGAAGAUAACAGAAGAAGAAACGGGAGUUUGAAAAGGAAGUUGGAAGAGGAAUGUUUAGUUGGGAGUUUUACAAGGGAGGUCUAUAAAGCUAUAAGUCUGAGGCUAGGAGAUAUACAAAACAUACCGAAAGACCAUGUGAAGACUUUGUUCAACGACAUGCAGUUGUUUCCCUCUGAUAAUGAAGUAACAACAAUGCUACAGUGCGUAAGGCAGUGCAGGAAUGGCUCCAACACUACCUACCUCACUUUUGGCGAGUUCUGCUUCCUGGUUAGGGAGAUGCAGAACAAGCCAAAAUUACACAAAAAGUUUAUGCAACAACAGAAAGUAAACAAUAACAAAUGUCCUAAAAAUAAGUGUGAAGUUUUUCUGGGAGGAUCAUGUAAUCCAACUACGUGGAGAGCGGAUACUGCAAUACCAGAGUUAGAGAAACACGGUAUUAGUUUCUACAAUCCACAAGUGUCGAUGUGGGCUCCAGAAUUACUAGCACAAGAACAUGAUGCCAAACAGUCUGCAUCAGUUUUACUUUUUGUUAUUGAUAGUCAAACAAGAAGCACUGUAGGAAUGUUAGAAGUAGCAUAUUUAGUAGCCUCUGGUCGGUGUGUUAUUGUAGUAGCUCAACCGUAUAAGAAAGGACAAACUAUUAUGGGGGAAACAAUUACUGAUAGGGAAUACUGUGAUUUAGUGAAGGGUCAAAAGUCAUUAUUAGAUCUAAUAAAAUCGAAAGGAGUACAAAUUCACAAUAAUCUUACAACAGCCUUACAAUGCACGGCGGAUAUUUUAAGGAAUGUGUCGGUUAGUGGGAGUAGUCCUGAAGAGCAAAUAGUUCAUAAAAUAAGGCGGCUUAGAGAAGUUUAUGACAGUUACAAUGGCCAAAUGCAACUGUACGACAUCAUAGACGCGUAUUCGAAGCUGACCAAUCGGUCGUUGGAAAUAUCCAAGCUGUACAACUACCUCAACCUUCAAAACAGUACGGAAAACGGAGUGAAUUCCAGGCCCAAUGGCGAGACGAACGGUACAUUAAGUUUUGAGAAAUUUUGCGCCUUGAUGGCGGAAUUGAGUACGGAUGGUUGCAGCAUGUGUAACAUUGAAGGAAGGGAUUACAUAAGACCGCUCUAUUGGUCGUGCGCACUCUUAAAAACAAGAUAUAUGGUUAGAAACAUGGUGUUACAACCAAUAUCCAGCGCUCUAGCAUGGGCAACGCAGAGUUUUUCGCGAAACAACCACCAGCACGGUCAGUGCCCCAACGAAAAGCGAUCAAGGUGCGCGGUGGACCAAUCGCAAGCCUCCGUCCAGAGUUUCGCCAAUAGGGAGCGCUUCUACGACGUCUACUUGGGUGGCAGCCUGUCAACUGGAAACAAAUGGCGGGAAAACAUCGCGGAGCCUUUGUUGAAGAAGCACGGAGUGGAGUACUACAAUCCGGCAAUCAGGGAUCACGAAAAUGGAGAGAGCAAAAACGAUACAUCACAUCGGGACAACACGGAGGAGGACACGGAAUGGAGGCACAAGAUCGACCGCAGCAAAAUCGUUCUUUUUGUCAUUCCAAAUGACACCAGGUCGCUGACGACUAUGAUAGUGGCAGCGCACUAUAUCGGCAGUGGCAAAGACGUCGUCCUCAGUAUAGAACAGUUGAACUGCGAGGGCUGCAUGGUGGCCGAUGAACCGCUCACCAAGAACGCCAUCAAGGACUACAACCGCGCCAGGGCCUACCUCAGGGACGUGGCCGAGCGACGUCACGUGCCCGUUUUUGACAGCCCGGACGCGGCCGUCAAUUGCGUCCUGUCAAAACUGUCAAUAACGACGACGACGACGGAUCUGUCAACAACGGAAAACGACAGAUAUUGAGUGCGAACACGUGAUGUAUAUUUUUUUACCGUUUAUUACCUUUUUUUUUAACAAAGAUGAAGAUGUAAAUUAGUUAGAUUUAGAAAGAGAAGGCGUUCUGAUAUAAAAGAUAUUUGUCUCGCUUUGUGCUGCGCACAUACUAUUGUUGGGUUGAGUACAGGGUGCCUAAAAAAGUUUUUUUUUAUUUUUUUGACACCUUGUAUGGAAAAUUAAAGCCACUUUUUAGGGGUUUUAUAAAUGAACGUUGGGUAUAAGGCAACGACAGAGACCAAGAUGAAAAAAACGGAUUUUUGUGAUUUUCUAGUGUUUUGAGGAAAAAAAUUCGUUCAAAGUGUUUCAAUUUUCAAACUUUUGAUUAUAACUUAAAAGUACAUUUUACUCCGAAAUAUUUGUUAUUUCACAUCUAAUUAUAAUUGGAUUUUUUCUAGAACAUCAAUAUUAAAUAUAGAUCAUACCAAAUAAACUUUUGGUUCACGUAAUUAAGCUUGACCGACACAGCGUUGCCGGACUUUAACAUA